AAUUAAAAUACAAAACAAUGUCGUUUUACUGCUGAGUUCAAGUUUGAUUCCGCCCAAAAACUACAGGCCCUGGUUCAAGCUGAAGGAUGCAGACACCCUCGCUUCUGUGCUCUUCAAACUCACUCUCUCCAUCACUCACUCUUCCAGUCUCUCGCCGUUUCGCAGCUGCCCCUUUUCGAGGUCCACCGGCUUCUUCACUCGGCGCUUCUUCGUGGGGGCCAGUUCUAGUGGAUCAUUUGCGACAUUACAAGCAUAUUCUGCCUCCUGUGCCCAGCACUGCUACUCAAGAAAUUGUUGAAACCAGUGAGAGUGAAUCAGGGUUUGUUGAAGUUGGGUAUAUAAGCAAUGCUCAUGGGCUUCAAGGGGAGAUUGCUGUAAAACCCAACACUGAUUUUCCUGAAUUGCGACUUUCCAAGCCUGGAAGAAGAUGGUUGAGACAACGGGUUUUAGGAAGAGAAACAAUUCAGGAAGUUGAGCUGGUUGAAGGAAGAGAUAAUCCUGGACAAAAGAAUUGGAUAGUUAGAUUCACUGGCAUUGACACAGUAGACCUGGCUAAACAACUUGUUGGCUCAACUGUACUUGUUAAGGAAGAAGAUAGGCCAGAGCUGCUGGAGGGCGAGUUUUACAGUCGAGAUCUCGUUGGCAUGAGAGUUAUUCUCAAGGAAACUGGUGAACUAGUGGGAAUUGUAGUCAAUGUCUUCAAUACUGGAGCAAAUGAUCUUUUACAGGUCAUGCUUGAUUCAUCAAGAGUAAUGCCUGAUGAAAAUGGAAUGCCAAGACUAGGAACUGGUGUUUCUGAUUCCAUUGCAUGGGUACCAUUUGUUGAAGCAAUUGUUCCUAUUGUUGACAUGGACAGAAGAGAAAUGCAGAUUACCCCUCCAAAGGGACUCCUUGAAUUAAAUUUACGGUCUGAUCUGAGGUCCAAGAAAGAAAGGCGCCAGCUUGAAUGGAAACAAAGGAAGAAGUUCCAACAACGGCUAAUAGCUGCGAAGAAGAAAUUGUGUGCCAUGGAGCAGCAACAUGUUUUUCAUGGCUUUAAGUUUGGGGAAAAAGCCCAAGGGAGAUUACUCGCGGAUGAGAUUGUCAGUGUGAAUUCCAAAUUACUUGAACUCGUGUUGCAGAAUAUUGAGAUACCCUCUGAGAGAUGGGAGUUGUCCAAGUUUCUAAGUGCUAAUUCAGCAAAGCUAAUGAGAAAUACACUGGAACUCUCUGAGGAAUCUCUUACUCGUGACGGUGAAGGAAAUGUUGAUUCAAAAUUUAAGUUCCUACAAAACAGACCUAACCUCAUGUCUGAAGGAAAAGUUGCCAUUGUUUUAGUUGUUAACAACAAUGAAGAGUUGGAAAGUCAACCCGGUCUGGACCUUUUAAAUUCAGAAAGUUCUGAUAUUUCACCUGGACCCUUCCUCCAGACAUUACUUCGCAAUGAUCAGAAAUUUUUUAUGUUGGAAGACCGUUUGUCUGUGCCUCUGAUUAUUGUUUGCCCAGUUCAUGAAAUUCAAUUUCUCAAAGAGCUAUUCUUACAGCACAAUCACUUCUCAUUUGACUCCCGAAAGGUCUGGUUCCUGGAAGAAGAAAAGCUGCCAGUCAUUGGCAGUUCAGAAGAAGAAAAAUACAGGCAUAAGAUUUUGAUGAAAUCGCCAUGGGAAAUACUCCAAUCUCCAGUUGGAUCUGGUGGAGUUGUUAGCUUGCUUUCAUCACAUCCUGUUCUGGAUAAUCUUAUUGAAAUGGGUGUGGAGUAUAUUGAGGUACAUGGUGCCAGUCAAAAAUAUGUUGGUGGCCGCUCAGUACUUCUUGAUUUUGUAAACUCACGUAAAGCAGAUAUAGGGAUACAAUUCUUCAAAGAUAGCAAGAAUUUUGAGGACAAUUUGCACAUGAUAUUCUCCAUGAAAUUUAUGAAGAAGAUAGCAAAACAGAUCAAUAAGCUCCAUUUCCAUGCAGUCUUGAAAAUGAAUUCCCAUGUUGAGCAGGUUGACAAAGAAUGGAUUAGUUUAAUGCCCUCCUCGGCCAACUCGUACGAACUUCAUUGCUCAAUUUACAGUUCUUUGAAUGCUUGCUCUUCUGAUAAGGUUUGUCUAUUGGAGAUCACAAGGUAGUUUUGAUCAGUUGAGCAGGACUUUUUCAUUUCCCCCAACUAAAGUAAGUACCAGGGUUGAUUUAUAUCCAGUCUUUGCCAGUUUUGGGUUGGGGACAAUUGCUUCUAUUCUUCGUACUCCUUGUGUACUACGAAUUUGAAGUUUUGUAGCCCUUUUGUAUAGUGAUACAUAUAUGUUUGCUCGGCCACUGUUCAACUCUGGGUGGCAGAUGUUGCAGACUGUUGGUUUCUUCCAACCUUAGCUUACAGCUGGGCAUGCACGGCACGGAAUGGGAUUUUAGUUGGGAUUCUCUGGAAAUCAGGCUGAUGUGAACGGGAAAUUUCCACCUUGCUGGACCCUACUGGCAAUGCAAGAAGGUAUGCUUCUUUGAGCACCGCUUCAAUGCGCACAUGUGAGCAUUUUAACUCAUAAUUUGAUGGGUAUUGUGGAAAUAUUUGGAAACAGGAAACAGAAUGCUUGGAUGACUUUAGGCAGGAAGGCUGAAAACUUUUUAUUAAUCUAUCAGACAAUUAUUGUGAUUAAUUUUAUUUAUGAAAGAUACACACAAUGUUUCCUUAAAUCAAAUACAAUUGUGAGAAGGGAUUCAUGUAGUUUAUUAGCUCCUUGGGUGUAGCUCGGGUGGGGUUUUCUUGUGUGUUAAAAGUAAGUUUAUAUAUUUUGUUUUUUUUUAUGAAAAAAAAAAAAAAAAAACUUUCUAAGCUCA